UCAGUCGCAUAGCGUCAAUGAAAGAGAUAAGUCGAAGCAGAGAUAUGGAGUUCGCCUCCGAAGCCUCCGGGGAUGCGAGAGUGACAAUGCGGGCCAAUUUAAUUGCUCCGCGACCCCCGACCCCACCUCCCACUCUUCCAAGUCCCAGUGCUGGUCAAGUUGACAUCCUUUCCUAACGAUCCACCAAUGACGACUUGUUCAUGAUCAGAAUCUAGCAUAUUCCACCCACGUUUCCAAUAACGCUUCAUCGAAAAAUUAUCAUUCUUUACGUCCUAGACUUCACCUGCCACGUUCCCUGCCAUACAUAUAUCAAGAUGGGUGUCACGAACUUCGUCCGAUUUGAAGAUGACCAGCGUAAUGUUUUAUACGGAGAGGCUCAUGCCUCAGCAGUUGGCGGCAAUUUGGAGGGAGCCUUAGUGACGGUCCUUUCUGGAGAUCCGUUUAGUGGCUUCACAUCAACGGGCGAGAAAUCCAUGAUCAAAAAGCUUCUCUGCCCCCUCGAAACAACACCAAUCAUAAUGUGCAUUGGUUUAAACUAUGCGCGCCAUGCAAGAGAGGCCAAUCUCGCCGUCCCCUCAAACCCUGUGGUAUUCACCAAACCCGCAGACGCCAUGGCCGGACCUUACGACGAUAUCCCAAUCCAUCCAGACGCCCAAUCCCAACUCGACUACGAAGGCGAAAUGUGCGUGAUCAUCUCUCAAGACGCAAAGAAUGUUUCCGAAGCCGAUGCCCUUUCCUACGUACUCGGCUACACUGUAGGCAACGACGUGUCCGCGCGCAACUACCAACUCCCCGCCUCCGUCUCCGGGAAUCAGUUCUCGUACGCCAAAUCUUUCGAUUCCUUUGCGCCGAUUGGCCCUACCGUUCUUCUUGCUCCCGGGGUGGAUCCCCAAGCGCUGAAAUACACGACGAAAGUCAAUGGGGAAAUCAGACAAGAAACAGGCACUGAUGAUAUGAUCUGGAGCAUGAAGCAGAUUAUUGCUCAUUUGAGCCGAGGUACCACUUUGAGGAGGGGAACGCUGAUUAUGACGGGUACGCCCAGUGGGGUUGGCUUGUUUGUUGAGCCUAAGGGAGCGGGGUUUCUGAAGGAUGGGGAUGUGGUUGAGAUUGAGCUUGAGGGCAUCGGUGCUAUUAGGAAUAGGAUGGCCUUCGAGAAGUAAUGCUAAGUUGAAUCUGACUAGUCUGUUCGCUCCUCCUCCAAUGCUUAUAAAUCAUACAACUAUCCUUGCAAGUUGCCUGAGGAAGGAAAUGUAUUGGA